GUCCCCUGAUGAGGACAGAUAGGUGGACCCUGCUGGGCAGUACCCAAGAACACCUGGGUUGAAGUUGUCCUUUGAACCAGCCUCUGCCCUCCUAGCAGGAUUCCACAGUUUAGGGAAAGCUGCGAUCAUAGCUUUCUCUUUGGAAGCCACAGAGGAUGAGCCAGCACCACCCCUGUCCAGAAGGCCCAGCACCUGUGCUCAUGGCCCAUCUUCCUUCCUUUCCUGAAGGAUGUCCUGCCUCGCUGCUCCUGCUGUCCUUGCUGCUGCUUCCCCUGGGCCUCCCAGUCUUGGGCGCCCCCCCACGCCUCAUCUGUGACAGCCGCGUCCUGGAGCGGUACAUCCUGGAGGCCCGGGAGGCUGAGAAUGUCACGAUGGGCUGUGCUGAAGGCUGCAGCUUCAGUGAGAAUAUCACCGUCCCAGACACCAAGGUUAACUUCUAUGCCUGGAAGAGGAUGGAGGUUGAGCAGCAGGCCUUGGAAGUCUGGCAGGGCCUGGCUCUGCUCUCAGAAGCCAUCCUGCGAGGCCAGGCCCUGUUGGCCAACUCCUCCCAGACAUCUGAGACCCUGCAGCUACAUGUGGACAAAGCCAUCAGCGGCCUGCGCAGCCUCACCUCCCUGCUUCGGGCACUGGGAAGCCAGAAGGAAGCCAUCUCCCUUCCAGAUGCAACGGCCUCUGCUAUUCCACUCCGAACAUUCACUGUUGAUACUUUGUGCAAAUUUUUCCGAAUCUACUCCAAUUUCCUGCGGGGAAAGCUGAAGCUGUACACAGGGGAGGCCUGCAGGAGAGGGGACAGGUGAUCAGAUGCUCCCACCCUGGGCACAUCCACCACCUUGCUCACCACUACUGCCCAUGCCACGUCUCCCACACCACCACUCCCGACCCCCAUCGAGGGGCUGUCAGCUCAGCACCAGCCUGUCCCAAGGACACUCCAGGACCAGCGGUGACAUCUUAGGGGCCAGAGGAACUGUCCAGAGUUCAACUCAGAUCUAAGUAUGUCACGGCGCCAGUCUGAGGCCCUGAAGCAGGAAAAAUUCAGAGGAGAUCAGCUUAAACUUGGGACGGUGCCCUGCUGGAGAGACACCAAACUCAUCUCCAUGCCCUGCAGAACUGUGAUGCCAGGACCAGCUGGAGGGCACCUACCAAGCAGGGAUAGGAUGGACUGGAGAAUUUAGGUGGCAAGUCAUGAAUUCUCUCGGUCUCCAUGGGGGACUUCAUGACAGCAAGAUCCCCCUGGAUAAUGAAGGUGGUGGGAGCCAUGAGGAUGGGAUGGGGGCUGGCCCCUGGCUUUGUAUGUUUUUGUGUGUUUUGUGUAUUUUUCAAUUUCACUAGCAAGAAAUGAAACCAUAACAUGG